GCUAGAUUCUCAAAAAUCUAUCCUCCUCCGAGUCACAAAUCCACCAAAACCGCAGUCAAUUCCUCGAUUGCGGGGCAGAAUCCGGCUUCAAGAUGCCCCACGCAGUCAGUAUCGCGACCCCGGGGCUCCAGGCCCUGAUUCUUUGCGGCCCGGGCAGCUCAUUCCCAACUUUCACAUCAAAUCCCGAUGAGAACCCCAAGGCUCUUCUCCCUAUUGCCAAUAGGCCCAUGGUCUGGUAUCCCCUUGAGUUUUGCUAUCGGGCAGGGAUAACAAAUAUAACACUGGUCUGCCCACCUUCGGCUGCAGAGGCUAUCACCACUGCUCUGAAGACGAACCCUUUUCUGACUAGCCUGCCAUUCCCCCGGCCCGACCUCCUGGCGCCAAAAGACCUAGACCAGAACACAGGAACAGCCGAAAUACUCCGCCUUCCCGAACUACAGACCGCCGUUACGUCUGACUUCGUAGUGCUCCCCUGCGAUCUUGUCUGCGAGCUAGGCGCAGACAAGCUACUACAGGCAUGGAUGGUCAAAUCAGCUAGCCUCGAGGACCUCGUCGGGGAUUCGCCAUCUCGCGGCGCGCGAAGUGGCGGGCUGGGUGUGUAUUACCAAACCAAAACAGCCACGCCCAUUAAGGGCGAAGAAACGGACUUUGUGGCGACUAUCCCACUACCACCGACCUCGGUCCUCCCCCCAAAGGGCUCUCUGUUCCCCGACAUGGCGAAGGUGGUCUACUCGAUGCCAACAGAUUCUCUCAAGGACGUUGUGGAAGAAAAGAAGGGCUUCCCUGUACGGCACGGGCUACUCCGACAACACGCCCGUGUAAAAAUACUGACCACCCACCGCGACGCCCACAUCUACAUCUUCCCGCAUUGGGUCAUGCAAUUUAUCAAGGAGAACGAGCGGCUCGAGACUAUCGGCGAGGACGUCAUCGGAUGGUGGGUCAAGGCCGGCUGGCAAAAGGGUCUCUCCACCAAGCUCGGCCUCGACAGUAUCCUCCAGCGGCCCGACAGCGGCAGUGCUGACGGGCACGCCAGCCCGGGCGAACACAAACCCACCAGCACGCGCAAACUCGGCGUCGACUCCCGCGCCGCCGACGCGCCCAACACAGUCGUCUCGGCCAACGACUCCGAUGGCAGCGACAGCCACUCGGACAACAGCGACGACAACAACCGCGCCCGUGCCGAAACCGAGGCCCCCAUCCCGCCAAUGCUCGCCUACAUCCACCCGACGGGCCCGUCGGACCCUCUGAUCCGGCGCGUCGACACGGCCCAGCUGCUGCUGCAGAUAUCGCUGCAGCUGGCCAAGCUCCCCUCGCUCGAGGAGACGGGGCCGGACGGCCCCGCGUCGCCCUUCGCGCACGCGCGCAAGGUGGCGUACCCGGAGGGGGUCAAGUCGCGCACGACCAUCACCAAGCAGGACAGCCUGGUGGCGGACAACGUGACGGUGCAGGAGAAGACGUCCAUCAAGGAGUGCGUGGUGGGCGCCAACUGCCAGAUCGGCGAGGGCGCCAAGCUGUCGCAGUGCCUGCUCAUGGACGGCGUCGUCGUCGGCAAGAACUGCAAGCUGACCAAGUGCAUCCUGGGCAAGCGCAGCGAGCUCGGCGACGGCUGCGUGCUGACCGAGUGCGAGGUGCAGGAGAAUUUGCUGGUCGAAGCUAAGACCGAAGCAAAAGACGAAAAGUUCAUGUCCUCUUCAGGCCUCGAAGCAACCCAGCAGGAGCUCGAUGCCUUUGGGGACGAGGACGGGGGAGACGACGAGGACGAAGACGACGAGGAUUCCGACGAGUAGACUGAGCUUGGUAGAACCCAGUCUAUCUAUUGUUAGACGAGCUGAACAUAUAGCCCCCAUCAUCGUCGGGUAAACAAGUCAGUUCCGUCUGCCACGGCAUUGCAUGGUGGGGAUGUUUGAUGUCUAGCAGUUUCAGAGCGGCCCGCUCCUGAGGCUGUACCUGUAUGGAUAGGUACCUAUGCAACG